AUGCAUCGUCUUUUUGCUGAGCUGGAGCCAUCUUUAAUCGUCACAGAGCAAAACCUGGCAGACCGAGUUCGGUAUAUCUUGCGCUCAAAUAUAUUUGAUGUCGCCGAACUCGAACGGCUACGACGUGAGGCUGUUCCCUCGUCGGAUGAGAAUGCUACGGCUGAGGAUGCGGCGCCACAAAUGGUAGAGCAACCCGCAAACGUGGAUGCCGCCGUGAAUACCCCAGUUGUGGUUGAUUCAAACGAUGAUGGAACAGUCGCCCAGGAACUGGAAUUAGAGCAUAUGAGGAGUAUAUUGGAAGAGGCGAUUGUGGAAACGCGCAGUACGCCUCUCGAAAAUCGACCGCGACUUCCCCGCAUAGCCCUAAGCAAGCGGAAUCGGGCUGUCGUGAGGGCUCUGAACCCAAUGCUGGUUACCUAUUUGGAAGCCAGCCGGGACCUUUGCGAGACGGACUCAAUUCUUUUUGGCGCCGCGCUGGCAGUCUGCCGUAUCAUAGGCGCCAAGGUUUCCACGGCUGGACGCGCUACUGGCCAUAGUAGCGCUAUCCCAGCAUGGAGAAGAAGAAUUGAGGAACGUAUCGCAAAGGCUAGAGCUCUCAUCGGCAGACUGAUAUGCUUCAGAUCAGGCAACAACAGGCCAAGAAUUGUGCGCACCGUCAGGAUGGCGUUUGCUGGGACAAAUGUCAGUUUGUCCCAGCCGGAUAUAACGCAAAAACUGACGGAGCGCAUAGAUGAUCUGAAGCAGAGAAUCGCUGCUUGGGGAAAGCGGAUUCGGCGAUAUACCGAGAGGUCGACACGGUUCAACCAGAAUCGUCUCUUCCAGAGUGAUCAGAAGAGGCUCUAUGAAUCGGGUCCAGCACCGAAUCAGGCCGACACUGUAGCAUUCUGGCGCGGCCUGUGGUCAGAGCCCGUAAACCACAGCGAGGGCCCUUGGACGGAAGUUGUGGCGAGUCAGUGUGCGGGUAUUACGCCCAUGGACCCCGUCAUCAUAACGCCGGAUGACGUAGCUGAGGCGGUCCGUAGGGCCCCGAACUGGAAAAGUCCGGGGCUUGACGGGCUGCAUCACUACUGGCUGAAGGGGUUCAUGGUGUGUCACUCUGUGCUCGCCCGACAGUUUCAAGAGGCUCUCAACCAGAAGUCGCUCCCAAGCCUCUUCACUACUGGGAUCACUCAUUUAGUUCCUAAAGACCAGGAAGACAAAAGCCAACGGAGAAAAGAUAUUCGCGACCAUGGAAUUGAAGAAGCUUCAGAAGAAAUUUAUGGAUCGUCGCAAGAUGAAUCAUCUGAGAUUCUUCACCAAUAUCUUAAUUACACAUUUGAUUAG